CCGUGUGGACCGCUCCCACAGUCAGUUCAGACUUUUAACGACGAGCGACGAGCAGCACGACCGAUUUGAUAUAUUCCAAUAAUAACAAAAUUAAACCAAAAAAUGCAAGCCUGCAAGCUUCUGCUCUGCCUGGUCAUGGGCAUGCACUGCAUCCAAGUGCUAAUGGCCGCCUGUGUGUGCUCCGAGAAGGGAACGGAUUACUGCCAAAGCUGUCAGGGUUCAUCGGUGGUCCGACCCAAGCCCCGUUACUAUGAACCCAGUGAUGUAAACUUGUCGCCGAUCGGUGACAACUGCUGGUGCAGCAAGCAGCUGAUCGAGCCCGCCCAGCUUCCAAAGACAUGCGGCAAAACCACACCGUGCAAGCCCACCUGCUCGUGCCAGAAGGUGACCGAUAGCACCUACACCUCCGACUCUAGUUCCAGCUACGGAUCUGUUUACGGCAAAAUCAACUAUGCAGCGGAGAAGAAGCAGGACAAUAGUCCUGCCGCAGAUCCCAUUAGUGUGAGCUUGGCCGCCCAGGCUGGCAAGGCCAUCAAUGUCCCGGAGGCCAAGUUGGCCUACGGAUUUGCCCAGAAGCCAGUGGAUGGUGAGAAAAAGGUGACAUUCUCCAAUGUGCCCGAGGAGAAUCUGUUCAAGCUUAAGAGCGAAGUGAUCACGCUGAAGAAGCGCACCUACAACGCCAAGCAGGAGGAGGAGGAGGAGUACGCCGAGGAGGAGGAGCAGGAGCAGACAUCCGAAGACGAUGAGGAGGCCCCACAGCUCACCUACAAGCAGCUGGGUUACAUCACCGAGCAGUUCAAGAAUCCCAAGUUCAAGAGGAUUACCAGCUCCGGGUACAAGGCCUACAAGGACUAUAAGGACUCCAGCGAUAGCUAUGGCAAGGUGGCCGGCAAGGUGUCCGUGGACUGCGGCUUCAAGCCCGGCAGGAUCACCUCGUAUCGCAAGGCCAAGCGCGAGGACACCGAGGAAGGUUACUAUUAAACUAUAUAAUCCCGAUCCCUUUGCUUGUAAAUAUGUAUAUACUCCAAGGAGUGAAUGGAUGAUGAUGUCUGUCUAAGUUAGUUACUAAAGAAUAUAUUUAAAGAUAAUACCAAA